GAGAAUAUAAGGUGGCCAUAUUUGAUAGAUUUGUGUCGGGGUCUGCAAUGCAGAAAGCGAGAGUUGUUGCGUGUGAUCUGGCAAGUGACAGUGACACCAGGACGGAUCCAAUGACAGGGAUAUAAUGUCCUCUCCUCUCCGGUCCUGUGAGGAAGACGAGGGCAUGGUGGUUAAUUCCGAGGGAGGAGAUUUUGAUGAAGAAGACGACGACGGGGACCUGGACGAGAACGCAAGCGACAUAAACUCGCCGGCGGCGCCUCGGGAAACUGCAACACCAGCCGCGCCAGAGGAAGAGGCAGAGCUAUCAGACAGAGAGGUCCCGUUGAGGAAGAAAGGCCGGCCGAAGAAGAAGAAGGACACAAAAAAGAAAGACAAGGAAGGGAAACCUGUCAAAGCAAAAAAACGCAAGAAGAUCGACAGUGAUGUAGAGAGAGACUCGGACAGAGAAAGAGACUACGGCGAGAACUCGGACAGCAUUGCCAGCGACUAUGGAUCUGGUGAGAAAAAGAAAAAGAAGAAACAUAAAGAAAGGAAAGAGAAGAAAACCAAGAAAAAGAAAAAAGACGAUGGGGAUCGAGACAGCAGUCAGGAGGAAACAACGAAGCAACCGUUAGAACAGAAGACCUCGGCGCAGCUGGCGAGGGAGUGGGGCCUGGAGGAUGUCGAUCACAUCUUCACAGAGGAGGACUACAGGGAGCUCACCAACUACAAAGCCUUCAGCCAGUUCAUGAGGUACGGCCUGCUCUCUGUUCUCACGUGGGUGGGUGACAUCAAGACAGCUAAACCUUCCCCAAUAGCCGCCGCUGCCAUCGCUGUUGCCGAGCAGGUCUCUGCAGCGACCGCCUCACCUGAACCGCCACCUCAGCCUCCACCUGUUAGAAAAGCCAAGACAAAAGAGGGCAAAGGUCCGGGUUACAAGAAGCGCAGUAAAAGUCCUCGAGUUCCAGACAAGAAAAAGGCUUCAGCCGUAGCCAAAGCUAAAAAGAUGGCACCCAUCCGUAUUAAAUUAUCACCUAUCAGUGCCAAGAGGAAGAAGAGCUGCUCGAGCGAGGAUAUGGAUGAGGACGAGUCUGAGCAGGAGGACUCCAGCGUUCACAGCUCCUCGGUUCGCUCUGACAGCUCUGGCCGAGUGAAGAAGAACAAGCGCGGACGGCCUGCCAAGAAGAAGAAGAAAAGUGAAGAGGAAGGGGAUGGCUACGAGACUGAUCACCAGGACUACUGUGAGGUGUGUCAGCAGGGCGGGGAGAUCAUCCUGUGCGACACCUGUCCUCGAGCGUACCACCUCGUCUGCCUUGAGCCUGAGCUGGACAAGGCCCCCGAGGGCAAGUGGAGCUGUCCCCAUUGUGAAAAAGAGGGAAUCCAGUGGGAAGCAAAAGACGAAGACUUUGAGGAUUUUGAGGAGGACAGCGAGGACAGAGUGAUAUCAGAGGUCGGCGUGAGGGUCGCCACUGGGGCGGAGGAGGAAGAUGACGACCACAUGGAGUUCUGUCGGGUGUGUAAAGACGGAGGUGAGCUGUUGUGCUGCGACACCUGUACGUCUUCCUACCACAUCCACUGUCUGAACCCGCCGUUGCCGGAGAUUCCCAACGGAGAGUGGCUGUGUCCACGAUGCACGUGUCCGCCAAUCAAGGGACGUGUCCAAAAGAUCCUCCACUGGCGAUGGGGUGAGCCUCCACCUCCCAUUCCUGUUCCACCCGCUCCCGACGCUCCACCCGAUGCCCCGCCACCGCCACCAAUGAAAGGCAGGGCAGAGAGGGAGUUCUUUGUAAAGCUGACCGGACAGUCCUACUGGCACUGCACCUGGAUCACUGAGCUGCAGCUGGAGAUCUUCCACUCGGUCAUGUAUAGAAACUACCAGAGGAAGACGGACAUGGACGAGCCUCCCAGCUUGGACUAUGGCUCGGGGGGAGAGGAUGAGAACGGAGUAGGAAAGAGCGAGAAGAGGAGGGCCAAAGACCCCCAGUAUGCCAUCAUGGAGGACAAAUACUACAGAUAUGGCAUCAAGCCCGAGUGGAUGAUGAUUCACCGGAUCAUCAAUCACAGUGUGGAUAAGAAGGGGAUAUACCACUACUUGGUCAAGUGGCGAGACCUCGCCUACGACCAGUGUACAUGGGAGAGAGACGACAUGGACAUCCCCGACUUUGCAAUUUACAAGGCCAGCUACUGGAAACACAGGGACGCCAUAAUGAAGGAGGACCCAGACAAACCCAGGAAGAUAAGGAACAAGAACUCAGAUGAGGGUGAAGAUGAGUCUCCAGGCUCACCACUCACUGAUCCUACAAUAAAAUACGAGGAGCAGCCGGACUUUGUGACGUCAACGGGCGGCACGCUACAUCUGUACCAACUGGAGGGCCUGAACUGGCUUCGGUUUUCCUGGGCUCAGGGCACUGACACCAUCCUGGCGGACGAGAUGGGGCUGGGAAAGACCAUCCAAACCAUCGUCUUCCUCUAUUCACUUUUCAAAGAGGGUCACACUAAGGGUCCAUUUCUAGUCAGCGCUCCACUCUCCACCAUCAUCAACUGGGAGAGGGAGUUUGAGAUGUGGGCCCCCGAUUUCUACGUGGUGACGUACACGGGAGACAAGGACAGCCGAGCCAUCAUCAGAGAGAACGAGUUCUCCUUUGAUGACACGGCCGUCAAGGGAGGAAAGAAGACCUUCAAACUGAGGCGAGAAGCUCCUAUUAAAUUCCACGUGCUGCUGACCUCCUACGAGCUGGUGACCAUCGACCAAACGGCGCUGAAGUCUAUUGACUGGGCCUGUCUGGUGGUGGAUGAAGCUCACCGCCUUAAGAACAACCAGUCCAAGUUCUUCAGGCGUCUGAACGACUACAAGAUCGACUACAAGCUUCUGCUCACAGGAACUCCGUUACAGAACAACCUGGAGGAGCUGUUUCACCUGCUCAACUUCCUCACACCUAACCGCUUCAAUAACCUCGAGGGCUUCCUAGAAGAGUUCGCUGACAUUUCCAAGGAGGACCAGAUCAAGAAGCUCCAUGACCUGCUGGGGCCUCACAUGUUGCGCAGACUGAAGGCCGACGUCUUCAAGAACAUGCCCGCCAAGACCGAGCUGAUUGUCAGAGUGGAGCUGAGCCCUAUGCAGAAGAAAUACUACAAGCUAAUUCUGACCAAAAACUUUGAAGCUCUAAACUCGAAAGGCGGAGGAAAUCAGGUCUCGCUGCUCAACAUCAUGAUGGACCUAAAGAAGUGCUGCAAUCAUCCCUACCUCUUCCCCGUUGCCUCAAUGGAAUCCCCGAAAACACCCAGCGGUGCUUAUGAAGGGUCAGCCCUCACUAAGGCCUCUGGGAAACUGACCCUGUUGCAGAAGAUGCUGAGGAAGCUGAAAGAGCAGGGACACCGAGUGCUGGUCUUCUCACAGAUGACUAAAAUGCUCGACUUACUUGAAGAUUUUCUGGAUUAUGAAGGUUACAAGUACGAGCGAAUUGAUGGAGGCAUCACGGGAGCGCUGAGGCAAGAAGCCAUCGACCGCUUUAACGCUCCGGGUGCUUGCCAGUUUUGCUUCUUGCUCUCCACCAGAGCCGGCGGUUUAGGCAUCAACCUGGCCACAGCGGACACUGUCAUCAUCUUCGACUCGGACUGGAAUCCUCAUAAUGACAUUCAGGCCUUCAGUCGAGCUCACCGCAUCGGACAGGCCAACAAGGUCAUGAUUUAUCGUUUCGUGACGCGAGCCAGCGUGGAGGAGCGUAUCACCCAGGUGGCCAAGAGGAAGAUGAUGCUGACCCACCUAGUGGUGCGCCCGGGUUUGGGAUCCAAGGCAGGCUCCAUGACCAAGCAGGAGCUGGACGACAUCCUCAAGUUUGGGACGGAGGAGCUCUUCAAGGACGAGGGGGAAGGCAUGAAGAACAGUUCAGGGGAUAAAGUUGAGGACGAGGGCAACGUCAUUCACUAUGACAGCACCGCCAUCGAGAGGCUGCUGGACCGAAGCCAAGACGAUACAGACGACUCGGAUGUCCAGAACAUGAACGAGUACCUCAGCUCCUUCAAAGUGGCCCAGUACAUGGUGCGAGAAGAAGAUAAGAUCGAGGAGAUUGAGCGGGAGAUAAUCAAACAGGAGGAGAACGUGGACCCAGAUUAUUGGGAGAAGCUUUUGCGGCAUCACUACGAACAGCAACAAGAGGAUCUGGCAAGCAAACUUGGUAAAGGAAAGAGGAACCGCAAGCCUGUCAACUACAAUGAUGCUGCACAGGAAGACCAAGAGUGGCAUGCUGACAUUUCAGAUAACCAGUCCGAGUACUCGGUGGGUUCUGAGGAGGAGGACGAGGACUUUGAUGAUCGGCCAGAAGGACGACGGCAAUCACGUCGGCAGUUGAGGAAUGACAAAGAUAAACCUCUGCCUCCUCUUCUGGCCAGGGUGGGAGGCAACCUUGAGGUUCUGGGCUUUAACACACGCCAGCGCAAAGCUUUCCUGAAUGCUGUAAUGCGCUGGGGGAUGCCAUCUCAGGAUGCGUUCUCUUCUCAGUGGCUUGUAAGAGACCUCAAAGGCAAGACUGAGAAAGAAUUCAAAGCUUACGUGUCUCUCUUCAUGCGCCACUUGUGCGAGCCCGUCGCUGAUGGAGCCGAGACGUUCGCCGAUGGCGUCCCAAGAGAAGGACUGUGUCGACAGCCAGUUCUCACACGUAUUGGCGUCAUGUCGCUCCUCAAGAAGAAGAUCCAGGAGUUUGAGCACAUCAACGGUCGGUGGAGUCUUCCAGAGCUCAAGUCUGAGGUUAGCAUAGACAAAUCCUCCUCCAGGGCCUCUUCUCCUGCGGUGAAAACCGCCACGCCCACCCCAGAUGCCAGCUAUAACAACACACCGUGCACCUCAAAGCCAGCGACCCCUGCUCCUGCAGAGAAGAUGGAAAAGAAUGGGAAGGAGGGAGAAAAGGAGGAGGACAAGGAGGACGUUGAGGCCCUUGUGGAAAAAGAGAAACUGAAGGAGAAGGACGAAAGGAAAGAGGUGGAUGGCAACAAAACUGCAGACCCUACAGAGCUUUCGUACUCCACAAAAGAAACAUCGCAACAUGUGUCUUCCGUUCAAAAACCUGAAAGCAAAGACGACAGCAACACGAAAGAGGACGAGAAGAAAGACACGAGCGAUAACCCAGCUGCCUCUACAGAGGAGAAGAAAGCACAGGAGGAGACUAAAGACGAGACUAAACACACAUCUAAGCAGGAUUCAGAAGUUAAAGAGGAGAAAUCAGAAGGAGAAAGGGUUGGGGAGGAGAAAGAGAAAGAAAAAGAAAAGCGGGAGGGAACACCUACCACAACGGAAACAACAGAUGCCAAGGAUAAGACCGAAGUGUCUGAUGUGAAGAAAGCAGAGGAGGUCAAGGGUGAAAAGGAUGCUGGAAAAGAAGUCAAAGCAGCGAAGGAGGAGGCGCCGAAGGGUAACGGGAAGCCCCCGACUGAGCGACCUCGCUUCAUGUUCAACAUCGCAGACGGUGGCUUCACUGAGCUGCACACUCUCUGGCAGAACGAGGAGCGGGCUGCCAUCUCUUCGGGGAAGAUGAACGAGAUCUGGCACCGCCGGCACGACUUCUGGCUGUUGGCGGGAAUUGUGAUUCACGGCUACGCUCGGUGGCAGGACAUCCAGAAUGAUCCCCAGUUCGCCAUCAUCAACGAGCCUUUCAAGACGCAGGCGAAUAAAGGCAACUUCCUGGAAAUGAAGAACAAGUUCCUGGCUCGGCGCUUCAAGCUGUUGGAGCAGGCGCUGGUGAUAGAGGAGCAGUUGCGGCGGGCAGCUUAUCUAAACAUGACCCAGGAUCCCAGCCACCCGGCCAUGGCGCUCAAUGCACGCUUUGCAGAGGUGGAGUGCCUGGCGGAGUCACACCAGCACCUCAGCAAGGAGUCCCUGGCGGGAAACAAGCCAGCCAACGCUGUCCUGCACAAAGUGUUGAACCAGUUGGAGGAGCUGCUGAGCGACAUGAAGGCCGACGUGACUCGGCUACCGGCCACGCUGUCCAGAGUCCCACCCAUCGCCGCCCGCCUGCAGAUGUCAGAGAGGAGCAUCCUCAGCCGACUGGCCAGCAAGGGCACAGAGACGCACACACCCCCGCCCAUACCUCCAGGACCCUACGCAACCCCUCAGAACUACGGAGCCCCCUUCACACCCGCGCCCCCGAGCGCCCUACACAUGGGAGGGGCCAAUUACAGUCAGAUGCCACCCGGAUCAUUCAUAUCAGAAGCCGCCGCCGCUGCUGGGGCCACCGGGGGAGCUGCUGGUGGAGCCACCGGAGGGCCAACCGCUGCCAGCGUUUGCCAGAAGACCAAGGAGCACGAUGUGGUGCAGCGGCAGCGUGUGGUGGACCUUUGGAAGGACGGAAAGUCAGAGGGGGCCAUCGGGCAGGAGCUGAGGAUGCCUAAAUCCACGGUGCACAGCAUCAUCGUCAAGUACCGCCUCAGCAACACAGUGGAGAACCUGCCGCGCAACGGGCGACCAAAGAAACCCUGAGGGGCAAAAGCGGGGAGGUGAACACUAAAACAAUAAAAACAGGGCAACGUUUGGAUGGAAAAACAAUCGUGGAAUGUAACAAAAAUGAGACGAGAAGCCGAAUGCAUGAGAGCGUUUCCAAAAAGGAUCCAAGGAUAGAGCACUUUGACACAGCUGGAAUGUGAGGGAUAUAAAGGGAGAAGAAAAGAUCGCUGGAUGGAUUGAAUAAGGAUGGGAGGCAGAAAGGAAAAAAACACAAAACAAGCGGACAUGAAAUGUGAAAAGAAAAGUAGCGGCGGCACUUUGAUCCACUAAAGAAAACAAGCAAUCAACUGCAUAAGGAGUGAGUCCAAAAUAACAAGGGAGAGGUGAAAAUCUGGCCUUGAGAUCAAGUACUAAUGAUGCCCGGGGGGUGGUGGGGGUGGUGGGGGCAGAGACAAAAAGAGAGAGUACUUAUCUGGAACAAACGAACCUUACUUUGAAGGCCUUGGCCAAAAAGAAUGGGGGUGGGAUUGGGAAAGCUGCUUAAUGCAAUCACAGGAUUUCAAAAACUCUAAAUUAGACGCCGAAUAAAAAGAAAAAACAAUGCAACAAAAGAGGAUCUUUUUUUUUGUUUAAUUCCUCCUUAUACAGACUUCUUUAGCUCUUCUAUUUCUCCCUCUGAGACAAGAAAAAGAUUUCCCUCCGGAUCAAUUUUUCAUCCGCCGGCUGGCUGAACAAGGCUGUCCCCUCGAUCUGACCCCGUACUCCCUCAUUCCUCCGCAGUCUUCAACUCCUCCGUCUCUCUUUCUCAGUCGAACACGCUCAGAUAUGCAUAUAUAUUACACGCUCUGGAACUCGCACACAACCUGUAAAACCUGCAAACAAGUGAAUUUAUCUGCUGAGUAUAGGCAGAUGAAACCCAAACUCAAAAUAGAGCGAGCGAGAUAAAGUGGACCGAGAUUAUCUUGCAAAGAAAAAACAACAAAAUCGAGGGGCGAAAGUUUAAAAAAAGAAGAAGAAAAAAGUUUUCUAAGUAUAAAACACGACUUCCCAUGGACUCUCUUGCCCUCUCUCGCAUUCCUGAGUCCAAACAAGACGCAUAGAUGUAAAAACUGAGACGAUGCCUUUGUCCAGCGGUUGGCAGCUCUAACCCAAACUGAUGGACAGCAAAGACAUGUACUGUAUUAGAAAGCAUACUUACUGUUGCACCCGUUUUCUUUGGGGGGGAGUGGGGGGGUCACUAGAAGGGGAAUAUCACUCUAAUGAAGUACUUACAUUUCCUGUUUUUAAGCCUAAUCACUGAAAAAUACAAAAGAUCAUAAUUUAUGAGCGGCUCUUCCCAAAAGAUGAAGACUGUAAUCUGUCAUCGAAGAAAAAAGGGAGACUCUCUUUGAAGGCGUUUUUUUUCUUUUUUUGUUCUAUGAGUUUCCUCGCUGUGACAGCGUGAUGGAUUCCACGCUGGAAAAUGUCCCCUGAACCCCGAGAAAAUAAAACAUUCUGGACCGUGUCAUCGUUUUUCCAGCUUGGUGUGCGCGCUGUGUGGCGUCCUAGAGAUGAACCAUUCUGCCUCGUAUCUAAAGGGAAAAAGCAAUGAAUUUGGAUUGCUUUCAGCUAAAACUGAGUGGUAUUUCCCUUUGAGUUUAAAGGACUUAAUGACCGGAGAAGUGUGGUAGCAGUGCGGCCUGCAAUGAGAAUGUCGUGCAUGUCUGUAGGUUAAGAAAUGAGUGUGAAUGUGUGUGAUUUGUGCCAACUGUUUGACAUGCCUGUUUGAUGUCAGUACGACUUUGGAUAGCUUACUAGAAAUAUUAAAGUAUUUUGUUCAAAUAUGUUUUUCUGCUCUUAGAAAAUAAGCUAAACAUCUUAGAUCAGUCAGUAUAUACCUUAAAGUCUGUUAUCCUGAUUGCAAUUCAGUCUAAAAUAAGCAAAACUAUGACUUGAAGCUCUCGUUGGUAUUUUCUAUCUAAAGAAAAGAUGGAAUUAAUAUGUUGUACGUGUGAAGUGCACACAUAUCGUCCGGCUCAGCAGUCGGGAGUAUUUUAGCACCUUUCGGUUUAGCUCUGUUUUGGUUCAGUGACUGCUCUCAAGACUGUUUCCAGCUGCAGGCAGCUGUUUUCAGAGGAAAUAAAUACAAUAUAUGCAUCCUGCCCAUCCCCGGGAGCAGCGAGUGAUCGUGGUGGAACAGAGCUAAAAUGACAGAAUAGUGCACUUACAGUGUCUUCACCACUGAGGGACAUUUUCCAUAAUUUCACAACUUUGUAGCUCAAGACUUCAUGUUUACAGGAGUGGAUGCAAUUUAAAGCUAAUAAAACAGCUAAGCUAUCGUUAGUCAUGAGCUGAUUUUUAUGAGACUGCAUUUUAGGAAACAUGUUCCUCCGGGUGCCUGACCGAUAUAUAGGAUCAACACCGAUACUAAUGUCUGUGAUGUAAAAAUCCGAUAUAUCGGCUGAUUUUUUUUUUUUUCCAGACACAUGAGACAUGAACAGGUUUCACUCGCAUUAGUUAUUCAUUUACGCUCUGCCCGAAGUCUGCUCAGAUCCGCUGGUUGUUGUUUGUAGCGUUCUGAAAACCUAUCUGGUCGUUAAGUCUGACGUCACUAGCCGUGUCUGGGCCUA